UUUCUAUGGAGGACCAGGAGUGCAAAAAUUAAAUCAAUAAAUACGCAAUUAAAUGAAUAAUCAAAAGUGUCAUUAGAAUGCUUCUAUUUCAAUAUUUAUUUAUCAACAUUUAUUGGUCACAUUUGUCGUAACUAUUUUUUCUUGUAUAAAACCUGCAUUGGAUCAAUAAAGUUUGAGAAAAUUGUAGAGCGUUUCCGUUUCCUGUGCCUUUCAAAUCAAGAGGCACCACCAAAGACGACGAAAGUGAAACUGAACCAUACCUGCAAGUCACGUGAUUUAGAAGAAAAUCGACAGUGUUUGCGUUGACACGUCAUAGAAAGACGAACCUCCGACUCCUCCCUCUUUACGUAAAGUAAAUGUCAGAGCGAAACUAAAACAUGAUUCCAGUGCAUCCGUCCACAUCUCUAAUUUUCACCACCUUCGAUCAAGCAGUGGCUAGUGUCAGGAAGCUCGAAUGUCAACCUGAAGGACCAUGCAGUCACAAAGUAGACCCAGCAGCUGAUGGGGCCCGAGGUUCUGCUGGUGGCAGACGGGCAAGGAAAUGGUGCAACAUGUGCUCUUCCAGUGCAGGUUUCCCCAUGAUAGGAUGGUUAGAGACAAAAGAGGACAAAUCAAGAAGAAGAAUGCCAAACAACAAAAGCAAAAUGGAGCUCCCAACGAGCUUGUGCCACCUCAACAAGUUUUGAAUCCAGAACAAAAGACCCAAGAUGGAGCAGAGGGCUUUCUAGAAGUGCUGGAUUGGAGACGCCUAGAAAAUCUACGCCUCUCGGAUGAAAAAUUGGAUAGUUGGCUUCAGACUGAAGCAGAUCCAGCCAACUGGCGGACUCACGUGCGUCCAUUCACCAGCCCGGAAGAGUACAAGCUGGUGAAGCUAACUCACCAGCAGCUUCAGCACAGCUCUUACUACUGGGGCUCCAUGAGCAUGCAGGAAGCGCACAAAAUUCUCAGGCUGACUUCAGCCGGCACCUUCCUCAUCAGAGACAGCGGCCAAACCGACGUGUUCUUCACCCUCAGCUACCACAGCGAUGACGGGCCGACGAGCAUCCGAGUGGUCCUCCGAAAGCUGCUCUUCAAUCUCCUAGGCAGCCAAAAGACUUUCCCAUCCCUUUUUGAUCUGCUGGCUUAUUAUAGCCGCCCUUCGUGCAAACUGACCACGCCGUAUAGGCGGCAGCGGCCUGAGCGUCUCAAGCAAAUCUGCAGAAGGGCACUUGUAUGCACAUACGGCGCAGAGAAUGUAAGAACCUUAGAUGGACUUAGUCGGGAGGUGAAAGACUAUGUUCAAGCCUACCCUUAUUCUAUAUAGCGGAAAUACAUAUAAUAAUAUUCACAGAAAGUGAGGGAGUCAUCGCUGUGUUUUAUAGAUUUACAGUUUAAUACCUCACGUGAUCCAAAGAUGAGGCUACAAUACAGCAAAGCCCCUUUCAGACAUGUCCUGACAUGUUCAACUGACGGUUCACUUUACGCCGACAUGACACUUUAAUUCACCGCCUGGCAGCUUAGUCAAGAUGUGGCAAAAAUGGAAAGACAUCGAGGGCUGACAGUUGCUCCAUCUUAGGGCUGAGGAAUAGACUUCAACUUGGGAAUCGUACGGCAAAAGACUUGGCAACACACAAAAAUUCACAAAUGUGUAGUCAAACAAUAAGGUGUGUUUAUAGAAUGUGUUUUCUUAGUUUUAAUUUAAACAAACCCUGUUAUUGAGAAUGUGUUAUUCUUCAGUCCGGUUUCUGAGUCCACUCCUGGCUCACUCUGUCUUGUCUGAAAGCAGCCAGUCUGGAAUGAUACGGCACAUGGCCUUGAAAUGACACGUCUAAUGUAGAUUAUGAGUCACAUAAGGGGCGGAACUUAGGUUAGGUUCAUACCGCAGGUCUUAGUGCACAAUUCCGAUUUUUUUUAUCAUAUCUGUUUUUUAGGUGUGCCCGUUCAGACUUCUUUUGUCCAGCACAGAGAGAGAACCAAGCAUUAUCAGGCUUAUCCUUACACCAACCAUUUUUUUAAUGACUGCUGUCAAGCCCGCAUCUUCCUUAAAAGCCUUAAAGCUAGACGCUAACGCUAAUGCACUGCUCCAUCGCUACCAUAGCGCCCGUCUCUCUCGCUCUUUGCUAAGGUAAUUGCUGCAUGAAUUCCAAUUUGGGGGACUUGACAGUUCAGACCACAGCCACAUCCUGGAAAAAUGUGGCCCAGAUCGGAUUUUAACCACAUACCAAAGUGACCUGGAUCAGAUUUUAAAUGGCCCACUUUAGAGAUGCCGAUCGAUCGGGUCCAAUCACGUCAUUUUCAAAGUAUCGGAAUCGGCAAAAAAAUAUCGGCCAUGCCUUUUUUAAAAAUAUAUAUAUAUUUUUUUAAUUAAAUCGUUUUCUAUAGUAUUUAACGUUACAGACAUAAUAUGUUACACUCAUCCAGAGUCUUUAGUUUAGGCUUAAGGUAGGGUUAUCAAAUUUAUCCCGAUAACGGCGGUAAUAAGCUUUUUUAAAAAAUGUAUCACGUUAAAAUAUUUAACACAAUUAAUGCAUGCGUUGCAUGACCCACUCACGCAUUGUCACGCUCAAAUUGUAAUCGCACCAUUUUACCUAUACAGAAAGAUUAAAGGCAGCGUGAAAUGAGUAGAGUGAAUUUUGGCAGCCUUUGGAUCCUUUUUAAUUGGCCAAAGCCUUACAAUCCCUCUUCCUACGAAUAGAAAUUUCAUGGGAAGCAAUAUGGGGAAGCAAGGUAGCAAUUGAUCUUUUUCUUAACACCUUAUUUUAUUUCCCAAUGCAGAGAAGAUAUAUCAAUUGGUAGCACUACGCACAGUCAUGGUUCCACUUCCCAUCAUGCAUUGGGGCAUGGUUACAGUAUCAUUUACUGAAAGCUCAACAAAUACACUAGAUGGCAAUAUUUAGUCACAAUAUACAAAGUCACAAGUCUUUCUAUCCGUGGAUCCCUCUCACAGAAAGAAUGUUAAUAAUGUAAAUGCCAUCUUGAGGAUUUAUUGUCAUAAUAAACAAAUACAGUACUUAUGUACUGUAUGUUGAAUGUAUAUAUUCGUCCGAGUUUUAUUCAUUUUUUUCUUAAUGCAUUGCCAAAAUGUAUCUGAUCGGGAAAAAUUAUCGGGAAUGAUUGGAAUUGAAUCGGGAGCAAAAAAAAAAGCAAUCGGAUCGGGAAAUAUCGGGAUCGGCAGAUACUCAAACUAAAACGAUCGGGAUCGGAUCGGGAGCAAAAAACCAUGAUCGGAACAACCCUAGUCCACUUAUAUGCGACUUUUUCCGUUCAGACCGUCAAGUUAAUGCCUCACUCGAGUCGGAAAAACACGAAAAAAAUCGGAUUCGUGCAUUAAGACCUGCGGUAUGAACCUAGCCUUAGUGGUGUGCUGGGGAGAGGUCGACCGAUAUAUCGGCCUUCCGAUGUAUGGACUUUUGUCCAACAUCAGCCAUCGGACGAUUAACAAAGAAAAUAAGCCGAUAAAAAAUGAUUUUGAUCUGGCAUCUGUGUGGGCAACUGCGGCCGCCACUGAAUGACAGUAGGACCCCGGAAUGACCCUGCAGCAGUUUGAAGGCAGGCUACUAUAGGAAACUUCAGGCUUGCCUGUUUUUUAAAUAUUGUAAGACUUUUGGGGGGGAUGAGAGAAUAUGCUUUAGCCUUUAAAUGUAACUAAAUGUAACUUGUAGCAUUCGCCUUAGCAUUAGCUUGAGCAUGGCGCGCGUCCUCUUAUUUCUCACUCUCACUUGUUUACAUCUCAUCAUGGUGUCCUGGUGGGUUAAUUAUUUGAAAAUAAUGUUCAAGGAUCCCUCAUUUUUCGCUGUUAAUGAGGACACAAAUUUUUUUGUUUGUUUUUUUGUGUGUUCAAGGUAUUUAUUCAGAUUUACCAUUGGAAAGAGAUACAUAUAAGACAUGUUUUUCACUAUAUUUUUCCCAAAGUAGAAUAAAAAAUGCUUUCAUUAUACAUAUGUCACUCAGGUGACUGGAAGUUCCGCUGUGAGACCCCCAAUUUUGCCAAAUUUAAAAAUUGUCCUAUAUGCAUGUGUGAUACGUCAUUGGAGAGCUUAAAAUCUCAAUUUUCUGGAAGAAAAUUUUGAACAGGAGGACAUUUACAUUUUUUUCUUUUAUUUUAACCCCUGAACCCUAACUCGAGGUGAGAGGAUGAGAGAGCGUAAUUAAAAACACCAUGAUUUUAAACAGACAUUAUCGCGUACUUACGUUGUUUCGAUCCAAAAACUCUGUCUAGCAUGUCUCACCGAGUGUCAAGACACAUCUGUGAAUGGCUUUUUGGGGAUUUUAUGGGUGAAACACAGUAAUAUAACAAGGGUCGCAAUGCAGAAAUCGCAGACAUCAAGGAGUGGUCGAGAUUUUCUUUUUUAAACAUUUACCCUUUUAAACGAUUUUUUUUCCCAGUUUUUCUUUGUUCGGACCGAUUAUUUAUCAUCUAAAAUAUUGUGGAAAAACAACAGUAACAAAAAAUAUAUAAUUAAGCGAUGAGGUAAGGUAUGAGGUAGAUAUCCGUGACUUAUUUACAGACACAUUUUUUUUUAUUGUGAUAUUAUUUUUCUAGGAGUUUAAAAGUCGUGUUUUUUUUGUUUUUUUUUUAACUAAAUAUUAGACAUCAAUUAAUGAUUCUAAGCUAAAAAUGACAGACAUUUCGAAUGAUAAAUAUAAUUACCGUAUUGGCCCGACUAUAAGACGGUGUUUUUUGCAUUAAAAGAAGAAGAAGAGGGGUUCGUCUGAUAUUCGCGGUCUAGACGUCAUACCCAUUCACGACGCUAGAUGGCGCCAGAUUUCAUUGAAGCGAUAUUCUUUCAUGACAGAUCUCAGCUACGCUCCCCAUUCAUGACGCUAGAUGGCGCCAGAUAUCACUGAACCGAUGUUCUGUCAUGAGAGAUCUCAGCUACUCUCAAGUUUAACCAGUUUGCAUCAUUUUAUUGCAAUUAUUUUCUUAUUCAGAUUUGUUUCAAGACUACAGUUACAGUUAGACUUCACUUUGAUGGUUAAUGCAGUUAUUGCAAUUUUAUUGUUUUAUCACAAUUGAUUGGUUUAUUUACAUUUCAAAAACCAGAAGCCAUUCAUUUACGAAUGUGAGUGCACUUUAGUUUACAUAUUUAAAUGUUCAGAUAUUCAGAUUUGAAUGAGGCAAAAUAACAUGCUUUUUCUCUCAAAUAUAUUGUUGUAUUCAUUUGUUUCGGCUGUACUGUAAUUAUUUUCUGUAUAAAAAUAAAUUUGGUGUUCAAAAAAAUCUUUUUUCAAACUUGAGUCUUGAAAAAGAGGGAGUCGUCCUAUAAUCAGGGCCGUCUUAUA